UCCACACACACAGAGACACCAACGUUUUCAAUCGAACCAUAGCCUUGGCCAUGGAGCUUCAAUUGGAUUCCAUGGCUGCUUCAAUUGGGGUAUCAGUCCCCGUUCUUCGGUUCCUUCUCUGUUUCGUCGCCACCAUUCCCUUCAGCUUCCUAUGGCGGUUCGUUCCCGGUCGCCUCCCCAAACACCUCUACUCCGCCGCCGUCGGUGCUUUUCUCUCUUACCUCUCCUUUGGCUUCUCUUCCAACCUCCAUUUUUUAGUUCCCAUGUUACUCGGCUACGCUUCCAUGCUUCUCUUUCGCCAACGAUGUGGGAUCCUCACUUUCUUCUUGGGAUUCGGCUACCUCAUUGGCUGCCAUGUGUAUUACAUGAGUGGAGAUGCAUGGAAGGAAGGUGGCAUCGAUGCCACUGGGGCUUUAAUGGUUUUGACACUGAAGGUCAUCUCGUGCUCGAUUAAUUAUAAUGAUGGAUUGUUGAAAAAGGAUGAUUUGCGUGAGGCUCAGAAGAAAUACCGGUUGAUCAAUUUGCCUUCGCCAAUUGAGUAUAUUGGUUACUGUCUAUGCUGUGGGAGUCACUUUGCUGGUCCAGUUUAUGAAAUGAAGGAUUAUCUUGAUUGGACAGAAAGAAAGGGGAUUUGGAGCUCUGAAGCUAAAAGACCACCACCAUCACCUCUUGGGGCAACCAUUCGAGCUCUUCUCCAAGCUGGUUUUUGCAUGGCCUUGUAUUUAUACCUUGUGCCUUAUUUUCCUCUGUCCAGGUUUACUGAUCCUGUAUACCAUGAAUGGGGAUUCUGGAAAAAGUUGGGUUACCAGUAUAUGUCCGGUUUUACGGCACGCUGGAAAUAUUAUUUCAUUUGGUCAAUUUCAGAAGCUUCUAUUAUCAUCUCUGGCCUGGGUUUCAGUGGCUGGACUGAUUCAUCUCCACCAAAGCCGCGCUGGGACCGGGCCAAAAAUGUAGAUAUAUUAGGUGUUGAGCUUGCAAAGAGUGCAGUUGUGAUUCCAACUGUGUGGAAUAUACAAGUCAGCACCUGGCUUCGUCAUUAUGUUUACGAAAGGCUUAUUCAGAAUGGGAAGAAACCGGGUUUCUUUCAGCUACUUGCCACACAAACCGUCAGUGCUAUUUGGCAUGGAUUAUAUCCUGGAUACAUCAUAUUCUUUGUUCAAUCAGCAUUGAUGAUUGCUGGUUCCAGAGUCAUUUACAGAUGGCAGCAAGCCGUGCCUCCAACAAUGGCUAGUGCGUUGGUGUUUAUGAAUUUCACUUAUACACUUUUGGUUCUAAAUUACUCUAGUGUUGGUUUCAUGGUAUUAAGUCUGCAUGAAACUAUCACCUCAUAUGGAAGCGUGUAUUAUAUUGGAACUAUUGUUCCUGUUGUUGUGAUUCUUCUUGGUAAAGUAAUCAAACCUGGAAAGCCUGUCAGAUCUAAAGCUCGGAAGGAACAGUGAGGCAGACAAUGCUGUUUAUUCUCUCUGGAGUUUAUGAAAUCAGAUUAAGAUAAUGGGAGAGAAUUGGUUUCCACUUUCAACGGGUUCUGCCCCAGGUUUUCAAUGUUUUGUUGCAGCUCCUUCAGUCUUGAAAAUGGUUGAGCUGUUUUAUACUUUCGAUUUUGGCAUUCAAUUGUAUUUCUGUGGUUAAAAACAUCUUCUUGGCGGGUCGAUAAAAGCAGUUAUUAAAGAAAAUGUUAGAAACAUCUUGUAUUUCUGUUAUUUAUGUGCUCUGUUAGCUCUGGACUCUUAUCCAUUUCUGCAAGCAGGUCUAUUUUUCAAAUCUUUGUUACAGACAAAGACGCAUGAACUCUAAUGUAUGAUAGCAUAACUGUACUAUUUAGUUCUCAAACCACUGCAAGUUAAUUUGUUGUCUCUUGUCCAAAACUGAUGCCUGCUAUGUGGGCCAGAAAA